UUUGGUGAAGAUCUGGGACUUGUUCAAUAUUGUUUAUUUUUUCUAUGCUUUGACGUCGACUCCAAGCUUGAAACCACAGCGAUCUAUUACUCACACCAACUUCCCCUUUCUUCUUCCUCCAUCCUCUUUCCUUUCAUUUCUCUCUGCAUUUCACUCCGCCUGGACUUCCUCCUCUUCACAUUCUCAAGAAUUAGUGUUGAGGAAUAAGGUUCCAGCCAGCUGUUGGCAUUUUAUUUUCGUGAUGCUUAAUGAUGGAGGAGUUUGGGAUUGUUAGAGUUGUUGCCUAUUUGUGAAGUGUUUGGUCGUCAGAAUGAAGAAAAGUUAUGGACGGGUUUUGGUUGCAUCUUUGUCUAUGUUGCUGUUGAUGAUUUAUGUUAUUUCGAGAAGUUCAACUCGGGAGAAUUAUUAUGCGGCUCCUUUUUACAAUUCCGUUGAUCCUCUUCAGUGGCUCAAUCCUGCAGUUCCACCUUCAGUUCUGAAUCCUGAAAAUGCGUAUCAAGUUAUUUCUGCGGACUCUAUAAUAUCCACUCUCUUUACUCGGGGGAAUUUUACUGAUGGAGAGAAUCGAGCUCUUCAGACUUGGAAUCAUUUAAGAAGCAUAAUUAAUUAUACUAGAGGGUUGCCUAAUUCAGUAGAAGCCAUUAAGGAAGCACGAGGUGUAUGGAAUGUUCUCAAGACUUCGAUUGAAAACGAAAGGCUUGGUUCUACUAAUGAAACUGGUCGUGCGAAAGAGAAGCAAUGCCCUCAUUUUCUAACCAAAAUGAAUGCAACAAAGCUUGACAACAAUGGCCAUAAGCUAAGAAUGCCUUGUGGCCUUACUCAGGGUUCUUCCAUUACCGUUAUUGGAAUUCCUGAUGGUCUUCUUGGUAACUUUCGAAUUGACUUAACAGGGGAACCACUGCCUGGGGAGCCGGAUCCACCCAUCAUUUUGCAUUAUAAUGUUAGGCUUUUGGGAGAUAAGUUAACUGAGGAUCCUGUAAUUGUUCAGAACACCUGGACAGUUUCCCGUGAUUGGGGAGAUGAGGAGCGAUGUCCAUCCGGUUCUGACGAGAAUGGAAAAGUGGAUGAAUUGGAAAAAUGCAACAAGAUAGUGGGCAAUAUCGAAACUCGGCUUUCUGAGUUGAAAAAAAAUUUCAACAAAUCAAAAUCUAUGGUGCAAGGAGCUAAAACAAGAGCGUACUUCCCCUUCAAACUCGGGCAUCCAUUUGCUGCUACACUUAGAGUGGGAGUAGAUGGGAUCCAGAUGACGGUUGAUGGAAAGCAUGUUACUUCUUUUGCUUACCGUGAAACUUUGGAGCCAUGGCUAGUCAGUGAAGUAAAGAUUUCUGGAGACUUGAAACUAAUUUCUGUCCUGGCAAGUGGUUUGCCCACAUCUGAGGAUUCAGAUCAUAUUGUUAAUAUUGAAGCAUUGAAGUCAACUCCCCUCUCUCCGGAUAGACCAUUAGAACUUUUCAUUGGUGUUUUUUCCACAGCGAACAAUUUUAAAUAUCGGAUGGCUGUUCGAAGAACAUGGAUGCAGUAUCCUGAAGUACAGGCAGGGUCUGUUGCAGUUCGCUUUUUUGUUGGGUUGCAUAAGAACCAAAUUGUCAAUGAGGAACUGUGGGAUGAGGCCCGAACAUAUGGCGACAUACAGAUGAUGCCUUUUGUCGACUACUACAGCCUUAUUACUUGGAAAACGUUGGGUAUCUGCAUCUUUGGGGCGGAGAUUGCUUCAGCAAAGUAUAUCAUGAAGACAGAUGAUGAUGCCUUUGUUCGAGUGGAUGAAGUUUUAGCUUCUUUAAAAAGGAUCAAUGCACAAAGUGGAUUGCUUUAUGGACUCAUCAACUCAGAUUCUCAACCUCACAGAGACCCUGAGAGCAAGUGGUACAUUAGUAUGGAGGAAUGGCCCGAAGAUAAUUAUCCAACAUGGGCACAUGGUCCUGGUUAUGUAGUGUCUAGUGACAUAGCAAAAACAAUAUCCAAAAAAUACAAAGAAGGCAGCUUAAAGAUGUUUAAAUUAGAAGAUGUAGCCAUGGGAAUCUGGAUAGAAAACAUAAAGAGAGAGGGCCUUGAAAUUCGGUACGAGAAGGAUGAGAGAAUUCAUAUUGAAGGUUGUAAGGAUGAUUAUGUAGUUGCUCACUACCAGGGGCCUCGGGAGAUGCUCUGUUUAUGGCAGAAACUUCAAGAAGGAAAUGGUGUUAGGUGCUGUGGUUCCGAUGUCUAAGAGGACUUGUAUUCUAAGCAGCCCGAAAAUAGAGUAGCCGUUGUGAUAAUCGCGAACAGAUAUAGACUAAACAACCACCCAGGGUUAACCCCCUAAAAGAGGUAACAUGAGAAAUCUUACACCCUUUUAACAAAUUGCUAUGUAAUUAGGUGUUGUUACCGUAGAGAUGUAUAUGAAUUACAGAGUUGCUUGAAAUUUUGUAUAUUUCAAAGCGACAGAGAGAGAGUUGUAGUUUGUACAGUGAGUACAUAGUAAUGGUAGGUAAUCGAUUGAAUUUUACCAAAUAUCAUACUUAAUCACAACUCAUUUUUUGUGCUCAAAA